UUUUAUUUGUUUAGCGCCAUUUACGUUACAAGCCUGACCUAACUUAACGUGCUCUAACCUCGAAACGCAAAUUCCGCGUCAAACCGUGUUUCGGAGCGUCCUGGAGGAAGCAUUUUUCGCCGUUAAACGCGAGGAAGGGUCGCGGAACGAUGAGACCUCGCGCGACAAGUGCCCGUCGAGACGAUUCACGCUGAUCGCGGUAUCUCGGAGAGGAAGCCAUUUUCGUAGCGGCCUAUGCGUAGGUUUGAGUAGCGGCUCGGGUUGACGCCAGUCGUGCGUGGGUGCGUGGUCGUUUACGUAUGGCCUGCGUGUAGCUCGGCGAGCGGAGGAAGGGUCAGGUCGUCCUGAAGAAGAGGAGUCGUUUCCCGUCGCGCGGCUCACGAUGUCGCGCUCUUAAGCGAUUCUGUAAAACGUGAAACCCUCCCACGAUCGCGGACGAUGUUCUGCUGCCUGAGAAACUGCUUCGAUGGCCUCGGUUUCGCCGCGACUCAAGCACCGAAGCGGGAACGAAACCCCAUCACCUUGGACACGACUCGCAUGGGAAAUGAGGUAGUGAUAGUGAAAAAUGGUCUGAGGAUAUGCGGAUGCGGUGGUGCCUUGACGAACGCCCCUCUCGUUCAGAGUAAAAGUUAUUUUGAGGUGAAGAUACAGCAGGGCGGUAUAUGGGGCAUUGGGCUGGCCAGGAGGGACACGGAUCUCAAUGUCGCAGUAGGAGGGAAGGACUCGGAGAGCUGGGCGCUUGAUUCCGAUGGUAUCAUAAGGCACAACGAACAAGAGCUUCACAAGAUUCAAAAUCCUGUCCAGGAGGGGGACGUCAUUGGAGUAUCGUACGACCAUAUAGAGUUGAACUUUUAUUUGAACGGCGAAUCCAUGAAUGCUCCAGUUAUAGGUGUUAAAGGACGGAUUUAUCCAGUGUUAUACGUGGAUGACGGGGCCAUCCUGGACUUAAUCCUAGAGAACUUUAUUCAUGCUCCACCAAUGGGCUUUGAGAAAAUAAUGCUGGAACAAUCGUUGCUCUAGCAAAGUGAUAUGAACAGAAGUAAAACGGUAAUUGUAUUGUCAAAAUUGACAUUCCUCGUCCACUUGGAGUUUCGUUAUACAUUGAGCCAAGUUAAACGUUGAGGUUGAACGUUAAGCUAAGAAUAAUACAAACUGUAAACAGGGAGCUGCGAUAGCAUAGUAUUAAAAAACGGUGUCACAAACGUCUAUCAUAACAAUUGCAUGAUAAUACAUAUUUAAUCGAGAUGCGGAAUAAACAACUUGCCUAACGAUGUGAGAGUCUAUUUUUCGAUCUAUUCUCUACAGAACGAAGAUUCGUAAUAAGUAUAGAUUUUACAUAAGUAACUGAGAGAAUUCUUUAGAGAUUUAUUAAAAUUAAAAGGUUUACAACGUUAAAAUCGUUCAAAUGGGUUAAAUUUAGCUCUACUCCAAUCCGAUGUCUAUCUUACAAUAACUAUAUAUACCUUUGUUUGUAUAAUUGUAUAAUAAUAGAUGUAAUCAUAAAUAUGUGUGUACAAUUUGUGUAAUAUAUAUAUGUCUGUAUAUGUAUGCAUUGUAUACAUAAUGAUUUAUUGAACCUUAAAUGACUAAUGGUAUGAUAUAUACACUGGCUUAAAUAAGGUACCAACGGCUUUAGGCCUAUAUUGUUCGCUUUGUUAGGCUAAUGUCAUGGCAUCUCGUUAGCUAUCUCUUUUUAUAGUUCCUUUCUCUCGCUAUAAAUAUCGUAUUAAACAUUAAAGCUAAUGUUUCAACCUUCCUAACGUAUCGAAAACUUGCGUUUCUUUUUACAUCAUCAUCAGUCGUACAAACGUUUGAACGAUUCAAUUGUGUAUAUAAAGAAAUACAUCUUUCAAAUAUAUAUGUACUGAGAUCAUGCAUAUACAUCCGACUUACAAAAUUCUAAAAUUCAAAACUCUACAGUCGAAAAUAAGCCGCGCGCUACCGCAUAUAAUAUAAUCAAAUAUUUUCAAUAGAUCGUUUCCUUUUUAUCCGAUAUAUAAGAAUCAAUCACAGUUAGAUAAACGCCCUCAAUUGUGAUAUGAAAAUGAUAGCUAAAAGGACAAAUGUUAAAGUAACUGUUGGCGCUUAUCGUUGACAUAAUGAGCUUUUUUUUAUCUAACGAUGUGUAUAAAAAGUUUCUUACAAUUGUUUGUGCUGCAAGCUUUCUCAAUACUUGCUGAAACAUAUCAAAUCUUUGGUCCUUAAUAUUAGUUCUAAACAAUUAUUAAUAUCAAUAAUGUCACACGCUUAACAUUAUGCUAUUAUUUAUGCUUUAUAAAUAGGUCAUUUCGAUUGAAACAAUGUAAUUUUUAAAUUAUCUUAUAUUAUUUGCCAUAAUAUUGAAGUCUCUCUAUUAUUGUAAUGAAUGUAACGUAACAAUUUAUUUUUAGCAGUUAAUUUCUUUUAAAAACAGGAUUUUUAUGGCACUCUGUUUCCUAUAUAACUUACUAGAUACGUAUGUAUUGUAUUCAUUCGAAAGACCAUCAUUACAUCCUGAAGAGAGCCUUUGUCAUCUAUUAUUACCUAAUUAUUAUUUGCUACAUAACUCUAAUAGCUAGCGUCAUAUUUGUUUUAUGGCUGGAUGAUAUGAAAUAUUUAUAAUGGUAACCCACAUCGCAGUCGCCUUAUUGCACCUUCAUUGCAUAUACGUAGUUUUCAGUACGAAUCACGUUAAAGUAACAUGACUAAUUGUAACAUACAAAUAAUGAUUAUUUAAUUAUACUGUUGUUUAAUUAAACUAUGUAUAGGCCUGCGAUAAAAUGAUUUAAAUAAUUUGAUAUGAAAGAAAUGUAUGUGAGGAUUUCCGAUUUACGAUCUAAUCAUCUAAAUGUUGAACACUUUGUAGAGUAAAGUAAUAUUACAAUUACUGAACAGUAUAACAUUCUAUAAGGGCCAGUCAAAUGAAAGUAAGCCAAAGAGAUUAAUUGUAAUUUUCGCAUAUGGAAUAUAUUACUUUCCAAACUUCCAGUAGCGAUUGCAAAAAGGGAUAUCUAAUGAGCCGAAGAUUUGAUUAAAAUCUUCGGUUUUUAUGCGAUCACCUCUCGGACGGCAAUGGCAAACCGAACGUAUAUCUUACCAUGAGCACUAAGAAAGAUGUUCAGAAUCGGCAUUGCAUCUCAGAAAAGGACGAUAUAAAUAUAGGCAGACCUAGAAAGAGAUGAACAACAUAAAAAAAAGAAUGGAAUAGUUUGUAAAACCAGCCAGACUUCUAUGAGGAUUAAAUCAGACUCGUUAUCCAACUGGACCAAUGCCUCGAUGCUGGCAUAGAUAAAGGUAAGAUUUUCCGGAAUAAUUUCUUUGAUUCACUUUCACUUAUACUAGUCCUUAUACAUUGUACAAAUUAACCGAAUGUAGGGCCGUUAAUAAUCACUCGAGCAAUGUACAAAGCAACAAUCGAAAAUGGACAUCUUUUCUUCCAUUUUCCAACAUACCCAUCGGAAACAUACGUAUACAUCGAUUAACAUAUGGCUUACAGUGUAUUCUAACACUGUUUAUGUAAAUUGGAACAGAUUGAAUAAAAACAAAUAUCUGUAUA